UUCUUGGCUCCAACAGAACACGACAACUACACUAAGUACCAUCCCUCUGUUCGUCUCAUCACCGCAACACAAACACAACAGUGGUGAGGGGGGGGAAGUAUCCUCUGCAAGGUCACAGCAACGUGCGUCCUCGCGAUGGCUGCGGGCGUUCAUGAAUGUGCGCCGCGAGGGCUUCUCUGCGGGGGCUGCUGUUACAAUACUGACCUCCAGUGUGCGCACGGACGGAGCGAGCGGGUCGUCCUCGUUGAGUGUCUCCGCAGUUGUCACUCAUCUCCGACUCUGUCCAUUAGGGAAGGGCGCACGCCCGCUUUUUCGUAUCUGGCUGCUGAAACAGACCCUGAAAAGUCCGCUCGGCGAGGGGAGCCGGUCAGCUGUGCGCCACUCACCCUGACACUGCAGAUGGGACUGGACGGGCGCAGAAAGUCCCACGCUGAUUUAGUUUAAGGUGGCUAAAUCACCGAUCAACUUUCGCUCGUCUCAUCUCUUCCAAUAGUCGCCUAUUUCCUCUCCGCUGAGGAGCAAGUUCUUGGUAGGUUGGUUUUUUUUUUUAAAGGAAAAAAAAAAAGGAGACACGUGGUAGUUACAAACCCUUCUCAGGACGCAGCGGGGACGCGGAGGAGGAGGAGGAGAGAGAUGCGGGCGCAGUCAGGAUGGAAGAGGACGCAUUGAGGAGGGAGUCCGCUCCCCAACUAUGGAGAUUCUACUGCGGAGCAGCCGCGCUCUUUUGGAAUAAGGGCUUAAUAAUGCGUUAUCUGCUUUUCUCCCUCUUGUUUUCCAAAGGACACACUUGCAUGCAGGAAAGAGCAAUAUCGCAGGUGAGGGGAGAAGAACAACCCGAUUUGCAGUAGAUUUCUGUAGUGAAAGACGCACGGAGGUCUUUAUGCGAUGCUUCUAUAAAAUAUUCACAUUUUACUUAAAUUAAAAUCAUAUCUUUACUAUUAUUAACUCAAAAUGGAUUUUUUGAAUAUCUCCAUCCUGGAGGAUGGUAUGAAUGCAGAAAACAUCUCCUCUAAUGUUACCUCCCAGAGCAAGUACAGCCAGCUGGCCAUCUGGGGACUGGCAGGACUUGUCAGUUUUCUGAUUUUGUUUACAAUAGUCGGGAAUGUCUUGGUUGUUAUUGCCGUUUUAACAAGCCGAGCUCUGAAACCGCCCCAGAAUCUCUUUCUCGUGUCCCUGGCCAGUGCGGACAUCCUGGUGGCCACCCUGGUCAUGCCUUUUUCUCUGGCAAAUGAACUCAUGGGUUACUGGUUUUUUGGAAAAAUCUGGUGCGACAUCUACCUGGCUCUGGACGUUUUAUUCUGCACCUCUUCAAUUGUUCACCUGUGUGCUAUCAGUUUGGACAGGUACUGGUCGGUGACACAGGCGGUAGAGUACAACCUAAAGAGAACGCCUAAAAGAGUUAAAGGGAUGAUCGUGGUGGUGUGGCUGAUCUCGGCCGUCAUCUCCUUCCCGCCGCUGAUAUCAAUGGACAGGAGCAGCAGCGAGGACAGUCCUCAGUGCAUCCUGAACGAUGAGACCUGGUACAUCCUCUACUCCAGUAUUGGCUCAUUCUUUGCCCCCUGUGUCAUCAUGAUCCUGGUCUAUAUUCGAAUCUACCAAGUUGCGAAGACCAGGACCAGAACAAUGUCAGGGAAGAAAAGGGAUGUGGACUCGCCGUUGGAGAAUGGGAUGGAGCAAGCCGAGCCCGGCCGAGGAGGUUCCUUGAAGUCCAGCAAGGAGGAGAGCAUCAAGGAGCAGGAACGUGGGAACGGACACUGCAAGGAGCAGGCCGUCCGAUCCCCUCUACCAAACGAGCCCAAACGUCCGCCGACAGACCACGACGACGACUUCGAAGACAGCAGCUCGUCAGACGAGAAACCCAAGAAAGGUUCCGCUUCCUCCAAACAUCAACACGACGACAGAAAAGACAGGAAGUCCAGCCGAAAAAGCAGCUCGGCCUCUAAAUACUCCAGCAGGAAGUCUCGUGCCAGCUCCAAGUCCAUGGAGCUGUUCUCAUCUCGCCGGAAACGCCGGAGCACCGUCAACAGGAAGAAAGUCUCCGCCGCUCGCGAGAAGCGCUUCACCUUCGUCCUCGCCGUCGUCAUGGGUGUUUUCGUUCUGUGUUGGUUCCCGUUCUUCUUCUCCUACAGCCUACAUGGGAUCUGCCGGGAACCGUGCCAGAUCCCCGAGACGCUGUUCAAAUUCUUUUUCUGGAUCGGAUACGUUAACAGCUCGUUGAACCCGGUCAUCUACACCAUCUUUAACCAGGACUUCCGCAGAGCCUUCCAGAAGAUCCUCUGUAAGUCGUGGAAACGCUCUUUCUGAAUGCUUCCUGCACGGACGGGGUUUGUAAAAGACAUUUUAUCUAGCUGGCACAAUUUCUAACUGCGAUAAGAUGGUAGUGCUGUCCCGGAGGGCUUCUCACGAUUUAAUGUUCAGGGAUUGUACUAGAAAUGAAGAGAGGAUUGAUCAACGGUGCAGAAAAAAGGUUAACAGUGCAAGCUGCUGUUCAAAGAGGGGACUUUCAUCCGACGCCCCUCAGGCAGCCGUUGGACUCUGAAAAGGCUUACGGCUCGUUUCCACCUCCUCAUUGACUCCUUCUCCCUUUGCUGAAAUACAACGAACCCACUCGAAACAGUUACUGUGAGCACAGUGGUUGAGCAUGGAUGAACCGCUGUGAAAGUAAAGGCUUUUAAGAGACACUAGAUUUAAAUGUGACCUCAUUCAUGUACAUUAUAUGCAGGCCCUGACGAUCUGCAUACAACCGUUGCUUGUGACAUUAGAUAGUGGGAUCCAUCCUCGCUCUCUGUCUCUCACUCCGUUUUGUCUACCUUUCUAUGAAAUCAUAGUCUCAACAUAUGGACCAAUGGGACGAAGGGGCUCCUUGCUUACUGUUUCAGUAGCAAAAAAGAUGAACUAAAAUCAUAAAACAAAGACUCACUCUUGAUAACUAUAAAGUCAUGUUUCUGCAUAAGGGUUUUAUGUGGGCCAAACAUGUCAGAACCACAGUGGAAACUUUUUAUCAGGAUGUGUGUUUUGUGUGAACUUGUACAUGAUGCUUGGACUUAGUGUUGAUACAGUAGCAUGUGGCCCUGUGAGAAGAUAGAGGGACUACAGAGGUACUGCUGAGGCAAAUGGCCACCUGCUGAAGUGUUCACUGUGUGUGUGUGUGUGUGUGCGCGUGUGUGUUGAAGACAAAGUGUAUAACAGUAAAAUCUCCAUGGCUAUCAAUUGAGUUAGAGAGUGUAUCGCAUCUCAUCCAGACUGCCAAAUAGUGAUUGUCUCUGUGUGUGUGUGUGUGUGUGUGUGAGUAAGGCUGCAUUCUCAAAAGGUCUUAAUCUUCCUCAUCAAGUGUCUUUCUAUUGUCCACUAUGCGUCUUUUCUCUCCCUAACAGCCACAAAAAGCACUUGACCACAGAAAACCACCACCCUAAAGUCUGCAGCUCACACAUACAUUAUUAAACAAACAAAGACAUACAAUUACGUAUUUCAUCUUUACAGUUCAAAGAUGUAUAGCCAUAAGGGCUAAUGGUUUUUCAUGUGUAAAUAGAAACAGAACAAAGUGCAGUAUUAUUGUGUAAUACACAUGUAUCAAUAUGCUUAAAAUGUAUUGUUUGUGUAAUGAACAACGCUUUGAAAGAUUUUCAUGUUACAUCAACCUCUGUCCUUUUCUAAAAGAGCCAGUGUUUACUUCCUUCUGCUUUGAGCACAUUCAAGAGAUCAAAUAAAGAGAUUCAACAGUUGAAGAAAAUUGCAA